GCCCCGCCCCCGCUGCUCCGCUUCCGCCCGGUUGCCGGGGAGACGCGUCCACAGCGCGGAAAUCCCCGCGGGCGCGGAGCCCGCCCGGCGCCGCCAUGAGCCAGCGGCAGGUCCUGCAAGUGUUCGAGCAGUACCAGCGCGCCCGGUCGCAGUUCGCGCAGGCCGUGGCCCACCUCGCCGCCCGCCCGCAGAGCAUCGACACUCUCCGCAGCGAAGGUGUAGUGUGUUUGCUGAGACCUCUUCUGCUGGAUGUCGUCCCAAGUAUUCGACAGACCGCUGCCGUGGCUCUUGGGAGACUUUGUGAUUAUGAUGUGGAGCUGGCAGAGGCAGUCAUGAAGGCAGGCAUUAUUCCACAGCUCAUAUGUUCAUUGUCUGAGGAGAAUCGUUACUACAAGAAAGCAGCUGCAUUUGUGCUAAGAGCAAUUGCUAAACAUUCUCCACAACUAGCUCUGGCAGUAGUUCAAUGUGGAGUGCUGGAAAUGAUGGUGGUUUGCUUGGAAGAUUUUGACCCUGGAGUCAAAGAAGCUGCAUCUUGGGCAAUUGGGUAUAUUGCCCGACACAAUCCAGAACUGUCACAAGCUGUGGUGGAUGCAGGCGCUGUUCCUCUUUUAGUGCUCUGUAUCCAGGAGCCAGAAAUUGCUUUGAAAAGGAUUGCUGCUUCAACUCUCAGUGAUAUUUCAAAGCAUUCUCCAGAGUUAGCACAGACAGUAGUGGAUGCAGGAGCUAUCGCUCACUUAGCUCAGAUGAUCCUGAACCCUGAUGAAAAACUGAAGCGUCAGGUGCUGUCAGCUCUAAGCCAAAUAGCAAAGCAUUCAGUGGAACUUGCAGAGUUGGUGGUUGAAGCAGAAAUUUUCCCAGUUAUGCUCACAUGCCUGAAGGACUCAGAUGAAUAUGUCAAGAAAAAUGGUGCAACUUUAAUUAGAGAGAUAGCAAAGCAUACGCCUGAGCUUUCACAGUUUAUAGUAAAUUCAGGGGGAGUUGCUGCUGUGGUUGAUUGUAUUGGCAGCUGCAGAGGGACUGUCAGACUGCCUGGCAUCAUGACACUGGGUUAUGUGGCGGCUCAUUCCGAGGACCUGUCAAUGGCAGUGAUUGUCUCCAAGGGAAUACCACCACUGUGUGCCUGCUUGAUAGAAGAACAUGAAGAUCAUAUUAAGGCAGCAGCUGCUUGGGCCCUGGGACAGAUUGGAAGACACAGUGCUGAGCAUGCACGUCAUGUUGCAGUAGCAAACGUGCUGCCCACACUGCUCGAUAUCUUUGUGGACACACGCAGCUCAGAAGAUCUUAAGUCAAAAACUAAGAAAGCCUUAAAGAAUAUUCUUCAGAGAUGCACGUAUCUUCCAGCACUUGAACCACUGCUUCAUGAGGCCCCUCCCAAUAUUAUGAAGCAUAUUAUUGGGCAGUUUAGUAAGGUGUUACCACAUGACAGUAAAGCACGUCGUCUCUUUGUAACAACUGGUGGACUUAAAAAGGUACAAGAAAUAAAAGCAGAACCUGGGUCACUUCUUCAGGAAUAUAUCAACACUAUUAACAAUUGCUAUCCAGAGGAAAUAGUAAGGUACUAUUCCCCUGGAUAUUCUGAGAUACUUCUGGAAAGGGUGGAAAAUUACCAACCAAUUUUAUAAACUUCAGUGUUUUAUUAGAGCUGCAUUUCACAUUUAUGCCUUUAUGACUGUAAUACAAAUACAGCUGUUGAAAGCCUUGCUUGAUUCUUAAAUCUCCUUCUACUUUUCAAAUUACUGAAAAUGCUCAGUGACUCUAGCAAGCUGUAUUUUGUUCUUUAUAAACUUGUUUGUUGCUAAGGUUUUGUUCCUUUUUGUUUUUCUUUAACAUUACUACCAGAUAUUGCCACAUAUAUGAAUGGAAUUUCAUGCAGGGGUGAUGAUUUAUUACAGAAGCUUUUUUAGAAUCAGUCAUUUCCUUUUCCUUCCACAAGAAAGGUUUGUUAUCUCAUUCAAAUUUUAGCCUUCUCGCCACUAUUACCAUUUUCCCCUUUUGCCUUUGCAUAUUGUUUGAUGCUUCCCAAGCUUAAUGAUGGAAAAAAGCUGGCCCCUGUGUUUUUUCUAAUAAUGGAAUUCUUUCUGCACUGAGAUAUGUCCUACUGCUACCUUUGAGGAAGAAAAGUGUUGUGAUUUUGCAUGUCCAAACAUGUUAGUAGCAGCUAAACAAAGAAAUAAUAAUCAGAUUAUUCAGAUCUGAAGAUGAUACAAGGGCUGAAUUCUGCAUGAUAUGAUCAUGGUGGUGAUCCUGGCCUGGUAGAUAAUACAUCUUGUGCAAAAGUCCUCUUAAUUAAGGCAGGAUUCACUGUGGAGGAAAGGAACACUACAUUGCUUGUUCCUCUUGAGAAGGACAGAGUGAACUCAGAACUUCCAUGGACACAAAGGGAAGGACCCUGGGAGCUUUGGUUCUGCAGGAGUCAGCAGCACAUUUGUGUGGCUCAGAGGAGAGGAGAUUUGCUUGGCUGUAGGAGCGCUGUUAGCAAAGUUCUGAGCACAUUCAGAGGAAAUCUGAGGACACUUAGGUCGCACAGGUUGGACUGAUGGGACUAAGGCAGCUUAGGAUUUAUCCUUCAAGAGCUGAAAUAGCUGAAGAGUUGAGUUAAAACACCUUUGGAACUUAAGUCUUGUAGCUGCAGGUCACAUCAGUGUAGAGGUAUGAGUUCUUUUCCAUCUGUAGAACAUCCUGAAACAGUGUUUGCUGUUUUUUGGAGAGUGAAAAGACUUUCACAUUCUGCUUACACCUCUGGUGUAUCACACAGCAAAAAACCCUCUAGUCUUCCCUAGAUACGUAACUGUCAUUUACCAUUUUUUGUUCUAACCAUUUUUCUUUUUCUCAUUUGCAGCAGUUUGGGGGUGGUGAUUUUUUUGGUGUUUUGUUUUUUCAAAAACUACUAAACAGAAGUUCUGGAAUGGGAUAUAGAAAUACUGGCAGCCACAAGGCAAGACAGUGUUUGAAAACCUCCACUGGAGAGAAAUGUACCAACUUUCUUAAGCAUAAAACUGAAUGGGUUUAUAAAAGAAGGAUAGUCUCAUCUAUUACUUGUAAAGCAGGAGCAAAGACUGAUUGCAGUUGGAAAUUAUUUUGAGUGGCUUUUUUUUUGUGAAAUUCCAAAUGACUAUUUUUUAUUCUUGUCAGCAUAUUUUUCAACAGUUCACAGAAACAUUGGUGGGCUAUCCUGUGUAUUUUAACACCAAUUUUAACAUUGGUGUUAAAAUUUAUUUCUACAGAGGGCUGUGCUCCUGCUGUGAGGUACUCAGUGCUGUCAGACUCUGCUUUUUGGGAGGAGCUGGGGUUGCACAGUACCUUACUGUAUGGAGACUGAGACAGAAACUGUUGGUGUCAUGAAAGUUGGUGUAGAAUCCACACCAGAUGGGUUCUUUCCUUAGCCCACAGCUAAGUGAAAAGUCUUGGAACUGACUAGCUUCCACCAAAUGCCUUUUUGUUUUUAGUGUUUAUAUUCUGACAUUAAUGCAAGGAUAUUCUGGCACUAUUAAUGCUAGUGGAAAAACUUUGAGACUCUUAACAAGAUUGUUGUUAAGAGUAAUACUCAAUAUUAUUUUCUCACGUGCCUUAUGGAUACUUAAAAAUCAAACCUUGUACAAUCUGAAACAAAGUGCAAUGGAAGGGCUUCAAGACAGUCUUGAAGGAUCUGAAGCCUCUGUUUUCCCCAACAGAGCAGAAGAGGUGCAGAGGGCUGUGUGCAGAUGGGAGGCAGCAGAGGCGUGGAGCUGUGUGUCCCCAGAGCUGCCUCGUGUGCUCGGGAGCCCCCCCACCCCACACAAUGCUAAUGUAUAUGUUUUGUGCAGAGAGAGCAAAGAGGCUUCAGUCCCCUGACAAAUGUGCUCCUGCUGUGUCACACUGUGCUACACUGUAAGGAUUCCACAGGGUUAAAUUUCAAUGCCUAAACAAUUUGUUCACAGUCUUUUCACAGUCUUUUUCUGAUUCCUGACAAAGGAAAUGAUUGCACAAGGCAAACCUUCAAAGCGAUCUGAUUGUGUAGAGCACAAUCUAAAUCAGAGCUAGCAUAAAUACAUCUUUACAUCCGCUGGGCAGCUCUGGCCGAGGCCAGGGGCUGUUUGGCCUCUUGUUGCAGGAUCCCUGGACGAUGCCACAUCCCAUUAGGCUGUGGCAGUGCAAAGUCCUCUCCCACGUUGUUUGAGACCCCCACAAUUGUUCUUUGCUGGCAGGCUGCGUCUCUGCCUUGCACAAGCACCUUGUGGCUGGAGGCUUCCUUAGAGGUACAUCAACAUACAUGUCGACACAAGACAGAUCUAGCCUUUUACAGCAGAAUCAUUGCUAAUUUGUAUUUUACUAAUGUAACUAUGGCAAGAGUUGCCUUUCGUGUAGUAUUUCACAAGGUGUUUCUUCAGUGUUUCUAUUCCAUCCUUUCAUUUGGUUUAAGUCAUCAUCUAAAACUAUAUUAAUGUUUAUUAUAGCUACUCUGGCAGGCUUCAAGUGUGUAUCAUUUGUCUCAAUUUCAUAUAAUAAAAUGUAGAUUUGCAUUUUAAUUCAUUCAAAUUGAUGUGAAUGGGUGACUGUGGUGCUAGAGAAGAUGAACAACAGGCUCAUUUUGCAGCUUGGCCCUUACCCUGCCUUUGGAUGUUUGUCUCAGCUUACCACUCAAUGGUGCCUACUUUGGAGCUUAGGACAUGCAGGCAUUUCAAGUAAGAGUCCCUCUCACAGAGGUGGCUUAUAAAGACACACAAAGAAAAUUAAGCCAGUGCUUUGGCAGAAAUAAAUGUAAGCCCUUAAAUCAUUUUGCCUGUUCCUUUGACUGCACCAUUGGGACUUUUCAACUCAAGUCUCUAAAGAUCUUCUCUGGGGGCCCGAGUUAUGAUUUUUGUCUGCAUUACUACAGUUAUUAUUACAUGUACAGAUGUAAACCAGGGCCUUGACAGAACCUGUAGAUGUGUAGAACUUUUACCAUAUUUCAUUCAGCGGAUGGAUUAACUGGCCUACAAAAGCUCCUUUCUUUAUCUGAAUGACUGGAAACCUAGAGGAUCUGAAAAGGGGAAAUUCAAGGAGUUCAACUCUUGUGCAUAUAAUAUGUUCUGCAUGUCCAGAGGGAUUUACCAAGGGAUUGCUUUGUCUCAUCUGAAGUGAUCAAGCUGCUGGAGAUCUGCAUCUUAACAAACAAAUGAACAAAAUGUUGAAGGAGUUGAAUGGAACUGGUGGAGGAAAUUAAUCUCAUUUUGUGAAGUAAAGCUUAAAGUUACUGUAAUUAGGAAGUGGAUGGAGUGUGAGUAGAUCUUCAAGCGUUCUUGAUUUGGUCUAAGGGGUUGUGAAUUAGCCUGGCUGAAGGGGAGUUUUAAGCAUGGAAAAUGCCAUGGGAUGCUUUCAACUUUGUUAUUAAUUGGAGUCCUCUGAUUUCUGGGUAUGUAGGAGUUGCAGAGAAUUGUCUCCCCAUGUGAGGAAUCUGUGAAAGCAUGCUUGGUUCAA